GACCAUGACCUGAUGUGUAUAAAUAAGUUGUUCUGCUAAUGGUCGGACACCCACAAUCAGGGCAAGAAGAAUCAUCUGUGGUUCGGUGUUCAAUCAGUUGGGUUUAGGCUGGGGCGGGGGCUGGGGUGUGGUCCUGGGAGUCUGGGACUGAAACCUAAGCCUUGACUAUCGCCAACGUUUGAACCCAACGAACCAGGACGAAGGGGAAAAUAAGGAAAUAUGGCAGCACCUAAAUCCAAUUCAUUGCUUCUCCUGUUUGUGGUGAUGUUCAUGGUGGUAGUCCCAACAAUACGAGCCCACAUUGCGGAAUACGAUGACUACUGGAAAGCGCGGGAAAAGGAAGCCAAGACAGUUGCAAUCGACGCAUUUGAUCCCAGCCCAGAGGAUGUCAAUGACGAUUUCAACAAGAAUGUUGAGAAAUCGAUAUUCGGAAAGAAUGGCACGAGAAGGAACCUGAAAGUAAACAAGGGCCCAUGCAAGGCCACAAACCCCAUUGAUCGAUGCUGGAGAUGCCGUCGCAACUGGGCGAUGGAUCGCAGGAGGCUAGCCGACUGCGUCCUUGGUUUUGGGCGGAGAACAGUGGGAGGAAAGCACGGGAGGUUAUACAUUGUGACUGAUCCGUCCGACAAUGACAUGCUUAAUCCUAAGCCUGGAACCUUACGCUACGCCGUCAUCCAGCCACAGCCACUGUGGAUCGUGUUUGGGCGCAGUAUGAUAAUUAAGCUGAAACAGGAGCUGAUGGUGACCAGUGACAAAACCAUUGACGGAAGGGGAGUCAAUGUCCACAUCGCAUAUGGUGCCGGCAUUACGAUUCAGUUCGCCAGGAAUGUGAUCAUCCAUGGCCUCCACAUUCACGACAUUGUUUCACGCCCAGGAGGACUUAUUAGGGAUUCUGUCCAUCACUUCGGCUUGAGAACCAGGAGCGAUGGCGAUGGAAUCUCCAUCUUUGGCUCAUCCCACGUUUGGAUUGACCAUAACUCCAUGUCCAAGUGCGAGGACGGCCUGGUCGAUGCCAUCCAAGGAUCCACCGCUAUCACCAUCUCCAACAACCAUUUUACCAAGCACAAUGAGACGAUGUUGUUAGGCGCAAGUGAUGGGUACUCGGGCGAUAUCAUAAUGCAAGUGACCGUGGCAUUCAACCAUUUCGGGAGGGGAUUGAUUCAAAGGAUGCCAAGGUGCCGAUGGGGGUUUUUCCAUGUUGUGAACAACGACUACACCCACUGGAACAUGUACGCUGUGGGUGGUAGUGCACAUCCUACCAUAGUCAGCCAGGGCAACCGAUACGUCGCUGCCCCCUUAAUGGAUCCAAAGCAUGACGCUAAGGAGGUGACCAAGAGAGACCAUGCGACGAAAGCAGAGUGGAGCAAGUGGACAUGGAGAUCAGAGGGAGAUCUGAUGGUAAAUGGAGCCUUCUUUGUUCAAUCGGGGGUGCCUUUUAAGAAAAAGCCUUUCUCCAGAUAUGAUAUGAUCAAAGCAAAGCCAGGCAAAUUUGUGCCCAGACUCACUCGCUACUCAGGCGCCCUUACUUGCUGGCGUACCUCACCCUGUUAAGUCCAAAAAGUACAGUUGAAUGAAGAUGCUUUCUUCUCUUUUCCAUAGAUAUGAAGCCAAAUUACCUGUUGUUACAACAGAUGAUCAUUAUAUGUAGGAGAGGAAGAGAAAGGGAAUACAAUACCAUUACUGCUA